AUGGGGUUUGACAGCGAGCCGGACCGGGAUCGCGUGGAUCCGGAUCUCGCGAGCCCUGUUUGUGAUGUUGGCGAACAAGCCAAUGUGUCUUGGCCUUUGCAGGAGUCUGCUCCCGCGGCAGACACCGUCUUCAGCGACGGCUUGAGCUGUGUGGACGUCGAUGGCAACUUGGAAACAAACUCGCCCUGGUCCUGGGCGGCGGGCUGCUGCUGUGUCUGGCUCUGCGCGGCCUGGAGCUGUGCCUGUUGGAUUUGGUUCUGGACGUCGAGCGACACGUUGUUGCUCUUGCGCGACAACUUCUUGGCUGCCUUGCCCCGAAACAGCCAGUCCACGUCUCCGUUGGAAACACCGGGACUCUGGAACUGCUCGGGCGGCGUGAGGUCUUUGGACAAAUCGUCCUUGAAUUCUUGGGCCAUCGAACUAAAACCAGUUAUAAUCAGGUCCUGCUUGGACCUUUGCGAUCACCUGUGGGAAAACAAACGCGUAUUGCUCCUUGGUGAACUUCUUCUCGGUUGGCUUGAAAGAUGGGUCCUCUCUGAUCUUCUCGUGGGCCUCGGUGUAGACGUCUUCGACAGCGUCAGCGUCAAUGUCGUCGGCAAUGUAACCUUGGAAGAGAGUUCUGUACUUCUCCUCAUCGUCGUCCAUCAACUCCUCCAUGUACUCAGAAACGUGACCACCGAAGAUGUACUUUCUCAAGACCUCGGCAUCAAGCUCCUCAGCCUCGAUAUCCCAACCUGGGAAUCUGGAUGGGGAGUGAGGAAUGUACAAUCCACCGUCGGAAGCACCCUUCAAGGCACCGAACACUCUGGCACCGGUGGUGGUUCUUUGCAAACCAACGUCCAAGAACACCUUGAAUGGUCUUGGGCCGUCCUCAACAGCCUCGGUGAGCUCGAACUCACCCUCGACCUCCUCAACACCGGUGUAGGUCUCGUCCAGACCGAGCUUUUGCAAAGCUCUUCUGGCAACAAGCAGACCAGUAGCGUAAGCAGCAGACCAGUUGGUCAAACCGUGGGUGAUACCGUAUCUUGGCAGCUCGUGGGCGUAAGCAGCAGUCAAAACAACAUCUCCGGUCAAGGUGGAAGACACAAUUUGGGUGAUGAUGUCCUUGUUGGUGAAUCUAACAACCAAUCUGUACUUUGGAGAGUUGUACUUGGCCUUGUGUUGAGCAACAAGUCUCUUUCUGGCGUAGUAGUCAGUCUUUCCCUCAGCUCUUCUUCUGAAAGGAGUCUGGUAACGGGAGUGGUAGGCGGAAGUCUUGAAGUCCUUGGUGAAAGCCAUUGUGAAUGUAUUAAGGAAUAA